AUGAGGAAAAUCCAAAAAGAAAAUUUCUCCCAAAAAAUCUUCUGGCCAUUCACAACCUUGCAUUAUGCUACUAAUAGUAACAAUUACUCAGGCUUGAUGAUUGAAGAAAAUGUAUUUUGUAUCGAUUGAUGCAUUUAUAAUGUAAAUACUUUUGAUAUUAUGAAUUGAAAAAUCUCUUAUUCCGAAGAUCAAAUUAGAAAAAUAUGUUUAUAUUAA